AUGUUUUGCUUUGAUUUCCAUAGAGCCGCUGAUGGAACAAGAAGAGCGUCUGAUAUGUUACGCAAACAGGAGAAGGAAGAAGCUAACAAUGUAGCAGGCAGAGAGGAUUUUGAAUUCAGUAAAAUUCACGAUGGAGGAGAACUAGAAAAGGAAAAUCCUCUGGUUAUUCUUAAUGAUGACACUGUGAAGUUGAUAGCAAGUUAUCUUCAUCCAGUAGAUUAUAUACGCUUUUAUGCAGUUUGCAGAGAGAAUCAGUUAAUUCUCCCUACAAUUAACCGGAGAUCUUCUUAUACCAAGUUUUCUCCAUGGCUCAUAUUUGUUAAAGAUAAUGACAGCAUUUGCAACCUCGUGGACCCAAUGCAAAAUUACAAGCAAUACCUCAUCAAAGUCCCUGAAUUACUCAUAGGUGCUAAAAUCCAUUAUUCAAGAGGAGGUUGGCUACUAAUGUCUAAUGGUACGAAAAGUGUAUUCUUCUUCAACCCCUUCACAAGAGAAAUCAUCCAACUUCCAGACAUGCCAAUGGGUAAUGUCCUCCAUUGCAGACUCUUAUUUUCCUCAUUACCUACCUCUUCAACUUGUGUUGUUUUAUCCAUUGGACACUGGAUCUGGCAACAAAACGGGGUAGGUGAUUUGUCCAUUUACACUAUUGAACGAGGAAAGAAUUCAUGGAGGUCUGAAAAACUUUUAGAUAUGCAUAUUGACAUGUACAUGACAUGGCUUAAGGAUCCAGUUUUUUAUAAUGGGCAAAUCUACUGCGUGGAAGAUGAUGAAAAUCUAGGAGUUCUUGGUAGAAGAUAA